UUUUGUAUUUAUUAUAUUGUAGCAAUAAUAAACAAAAUGCCCGGACGCUGGAUCCGAACGCCCGGCCCGCGGUACCACGGCUAUGCGUCAAGUGGGCGUGGCCUCCCCGUCAGCGCCGAGUAUUGCCGAGCUCUUCCGAAGCCCGCCGACCGCCGCCUAUAUAACGCAGGGUCCGGCGUGCGCGCAGUCAGUGUUCACUGCGUUCUCAGUCUGCUUCAACCUCUCCAGUUGGACAGCUCUGAGUACCAGUCUUACGCUAGCGCACGCACGGCGACCCGCUCCCUGUGCUGUUCUAGUGUGUGUACGUUUACGAGUGUUUUGUAAAGUUUAAAAUAAAUCACUUAAGUAAAUCGCUGGGUUUUUUCUUAUAAGCCCGCGACAAUCUGGCGCACAACGUGGAGCCGAACUCAGGGAUUAAGUUGGAACAUUUAAGAAGACUCCCACAUCGGACUUUGAAAAUGGCGAUGUCAAACGAACAAUUCCAAAUAUUCCUGCAGACCAUCACAGCUUCUAAACAGCGAUCUUUUGCAUCCUGCAACAUCACCUACAGUGGGGAAAAAGACGCGGACGCAGUUGAGGCUUUUAUAGCGGCAGCUUCUACCUUCAAGAAUGUAGAAAAGUUGAGUGACCUCGAUGCGCUUCAAGGACUUCCACUUCUUCUACGGGAUGAAGCAGCGGUUUGGUGGCAAGGCUUGAAAAGCCGAGUGGAAAAGUGGGAAGAGUUUUGCAAUAAAUUGCGUCAUACAUUCGCUCCCCGCAGACCUGCAUUUAUGAUAUAUCAUCAGAUUACCCAUGAGGUCCAGGAAGCUGACGUCACCACUGAAGCAUUUAUUGCCAAGAAGCGGGCAUUGUUUGCAUCACUUCCUCCUCCCGCACUGUCUGAAACGCAGCAAAUAGAUCUGAUAUUUGCGCUCAUACGGCUAGACAUACGAAACCGCAUGCCUCGGGAUACAGUUCCCACGAUAGAUAAACUGCUGGAGACUGCACGGGGAAUCGAAGAGACCUUACAUGAAUACGCAGCAGGUUCACAUGCAAGUGACAUCAGAACUACUGGGAAGAAAGGGAAGGUAAGGUGCAGUUUUUGUAAAAACCCUGGCCAUACUGCAGACGUCUGUCGGAAGAAGAAACGGGCUGAAGGCACUUUACCCAGUAUUCCGAAAGUUGUCUCAGAAGUUGAAACGCAGGCACCAUCUCCUCAUCAACCAAAGUUUUCCUGCUACGGUUGCGGCGCACCUGGGGUAUACAGAAGCAACUGUCCCACGUGUAAGAAGGCGUCGGCCAUUAAGAAGGAGGACUUGAAGUUUUGUGCUAUCAACGUACAGGUAGACUCAGAUUCCCGGCCUGUUGUGUUCGUGGAGAUCGAAGGGAUAAAAGGUACCGCCUACAUUGAUACUUGCGCAAAGAUGAGUGUCGCUUCGUACUCCCUAUAUUUAGAGCUAGUCAAAUGCGGAUGCAAGUUCCAGGAACAUCAAGUCAAUUUGACGCUGGCUGAUGGAAUAAAAAAGAAUCAAGGAGUGCUAAUGUGCAGAGUCAACGUUGUUUUGAUGGGUCGAAAGGUGCAGACGACAUUUAUCGUGCUACCUGGAGCAAAAGACAACCGCACGCUUUUGGGGGUUGGGUUUUUAAAGGAUGCGGGCAUGGUAAUCAACUUGCCGCAGUACACGUGGAAUUUCAUUGAUGAACCAGAAGAGCAAUACGAGCUAUACGCCGAAGAGUUUGCAAUCUUUGAGAGUACGGUCGUCAAUGAAAUAAUGCAGUUGCCAAGCCCAGUAACCUCACUCACAAUGACAGACAGCGAAGCAAGUCCAAGUAUUAAUACCAUACCUCCUACUCCACCACCAACACCUCCACGGAUGGAAAUACCGGAACUUCCGUUAACACCUGAACCUCCGUCAACGCCUAAAAAUCUGUCAGAUGAUAAGGUCACCUACAAACUGGCAUCGAUAGAUUUUGGCGACUCGUCUUCUGUAAGCAAGAAACCACGACUGUUCGAUGGCUAUUCACCUAGUUUCACGGAUUUUAUGCUGCGAGAUGCACAAAUCAAUGUUCACCGGGAAGACAUCGAAUUAUCCCCACAAAGUGCCAAUCUCUUUGACGCCAACAACUGGGACAUACGGAUUGACACAAUUAAUGUCGAAACACAGAGGACAACUGUUCAAAGGAAGCAGCUGAAUGGGCUUCCACCAGAAAACAAGCACGUUUCAAUGCCAAGCCGAUGCAAGCGAACCCUGCAUUAUAAAAGCGAGGCAAGCUCUUAUACAAAAGGAGCAGUUUUGGUCAAGGGGGAGCGUGAAAGCGAACAUCCUGUUGAGUUCGCUAGUCGUCUUCUGACAGCCGCCGAACGGAAUAACAAGCGAAGAAACGCGAAAGACACCACAUGCCUCCAACUGCUGGAUCAUCGUCGGGACGACUUCAGAUCCAGAGGGGGAGACUGUAGCAAUAAUAAACAAAAUGCCCGGACGCUGGAUCCGAACGCCCGGCCCGCGGUACCACGGCUAUGCGUCAAGUGGGCGUGGCCUCCCCGUCAGCGCCGAGUAUUGCCGAGCUCUUCCGAAGCCCGCCGACCGCCGCCUAUAUAACGCAGGGUCCGGCGUGCGCGCAGUCAGUGUUCACUGCGUUCUCAGUCUGCUUCAACCUCUCCAGUUGGACAGCUCUGAGUACCAGUCUUACGCUAGCGCACGCACGGCGACCCGCUCCCUGUGCUGUUCUAGUGUGUGUACGUUUACGAGUGUUUUGUAAAGUUUAAAAUAAAUCACUUAAGUAAA